CACGAUACUGCGCGCAGUUCUACCACGUAUUCCUGUUCAACUUCGAUGGCAGUCUAGAAUCUACAGUUCAAUCGGCUAAGCUUACUUUCUUGUUGAUAUUUUGAAAACAUCCAUUGGGAACCGUUUUGAAGAUGCGGAUCCCAAUGUUAAAGGACGCUGCGAAAGCCCUAUCAUUGUCCCCCGGGCUCCAAAAGACUCUGAGCGGUGGACUUUCAAGCGGACUCUCAGACGCUCUGCUUUCAUUAAAGGCUGAUAUACCCGGUGGUUCUCCUUUCAGUUUCUGCGAGGUGUCGCGCUCGACGGACCUCUUCGAUAUCACAUCUGUCGAACUAACCAAGCAGCCAGUUUACAUCGAUGAUGAAUUUUCUGUCCACAUCUAUGGUACUUUUCAACAUUCCUUCACGCCAAAUGCGACCCUCGACCUCACCGUAGAUUGCGGCUCCCACUGCGAAGAAUACGGGGCCCCACCCGGUGAUUCGCCGGGCGAGACCGUGACGGCAGAUUUCUGCGAGAUGAGCGGGAUUGAGCAGCCUUUAGGCGGCAAGAAGAAGAAUGUGACUUGUCCACCCGAAGAGGGUUAUGCCUUGAUCAGCUCUCGGGGAUAUGUUGUCCCCAUGUUCUUCGGCACUCCCGGAUGGUACAACUUCACCUUUGACGCCAAGACUGCUCAGGGCGAGAGAAUUUACUGUCUGACGACCGAGGUGUGCUUGAGGUGGGAAGAUGAGGAGAAGAAUAAGCAUUAUCCUCCAGGUCCUUGGAAUGAUUGCAAGUGGCCGCGAUGAAGAAAGAUGCAAAACAGGGCAAAUUGAGCGGAAAAGAAGGCACCCAUCAGAAUGGAGUCGGGAGCAUGACGCAUCAACUUUGCAACCCCUAUCGACCGUCAGCGAGGUGAGGCUGCCUCUCAUGGAAUCGCGGGCAACAAUGAUGUGGAGCUGCGGCCUUCGAACGAGAGGUAGAGCAUUCACCAUGGCGUAAAA